ACUCACGAAUGUGGAAUGUUGGGGAUGAGGGCUGUCGAUCAUGAAGUAUUGACGUGAGGGAUCGACGAAUUUCAGAAAAGUUUUUCGAGGAGGAAAUUGAGUGGGCAAGCUGCCAAGAUGCACUGCGAUUUGCGCACAGUUCGAUUGACUGAGAAAGACAUUCUGACGAGAGAAAUGUCUGUAAGACACUGAGGAAGCUUGAGAAGCAUCGGAUGUUUGAGCUAGUAGUAAUGUUCUCGUUAUUCUUCCGAUUGGUUUGAGUUUGUACCAGAUCAAAUCGACGUUCUGAGGGGAGUUUUCCUCGGGAGAACCUUCCUCUCGACAAUUUUGGAGUAUCGUGCUAGAAGCUGGUAAGCUGCAAGUUCCCGAUCACUUGCCUUGACGUUAGCGUGUAGUGUCGAUCAGACAUAAACGAGGUCGGUGGAAGAGGCAUUGGCCUCAUUGUUGAAGCUGCGACCCCGUGCCUCUAUAAGUAGUAGGGCCUUGCGCAUUUUUGCUGUCUCGCAAUCCGGGCGUUGGUAGAAAUUCAGUGGGACGACUGGUCCUAGCCCGGUUGCAGAUGGAGAAAUACAAGAGGUGCAAGAUCUCUAUGCCCGAUGGAGGCAUGAAGGAUUGGCAAGAGCGAUUUCGAAGAGGACUCUCAACAGCAGCCAGCCCUGAUUCUCAAUCCGAUAAUGGUAAAGAGAUCCGUAGGAAAAGUUCCGGAAAGUACCUGCGUAGCGAGUCCAUCUUGCUUCACCUCGGCUUGUUCGGGAAGAGGCAGAUUUGGAUUUAGUCCUUCCUGGGUCCUAGCAGCGUAUUGGUGGUGACAAUUACCAGUCAGAAGCUGAUCAAUACCCCCCAUAAGAAUGGAAUCUAAAAGUGUCUCCACGAGGUCAGGAGAAAGACGCAACUCAGUUGUUGCUGAGGACCAUUCUUGGCGAAUCCGAAUUAUUGGCAGUAACUCACAUGGUGGAAGGGCUGAAUUUUCCCAUAUUUUCUCGGUGUAGUGCCCCCGGAAAUUAUCAGGGCUGGUAAAUACAAUCGGUACAUCGGACAUGACUUUCUUCGGAAGAAAUGAAUUGGAGAGAUCUGAUUACUCGCGGCAUAUGCUCCGAUUGGAUAAGGAAGAUCGUGGAAAAUUCACGGAGAAGUUCUGUGCUGCUGCGCCUGAUUUGUUCAUCAGUCUCCUAAACAUUGACCCCAGAUUCAAGGAGAAGAGGCAUAAAAGCAACCAAGGUUCGAUUCUCGAUAUGAGGCGGUGUUUCUGGAUGUCGAGCACUUGUACGUUGAACACAAGUGGGCAGAUGUGCAGCUAAUUUACGGAGGAAGAGAUCUUAAUGUUGGUCCAACAGUUGUCGAUGGUCUACAAGCCCGGGACGUUUGUAUCCGUGCUUCAACUGUCUGGUCUCCUGACAGCCUGGGCCUUAAAAACGUAGAUGUGGACUGAAGGCAAUCAAGUUGUACGGAGAACGAAGAUGUGCUACACAAGUGUUUCCACAACCAUUAAACUGAAUGUUCACUCCAAAAAGUAUUGAAAGGAACGGUACGUAGGAGUUUAUAUCUAGUUCAAUGAUCAAUCCUUCGUUGGUGGGACCAGCUGCAGAUUGGAGUGAAGCAAUCUUCACAAGAAACCACUAUUUGUCCCGACGAGUCUGUCAAAGAUGUUGACUACAACAUACUGAUGUUUCGAAAGAGGCAUGCCUUUUGCAGAGACUUAUUUUGCUCGGCCACUGCACGAAGAAAUUAUGUGCGGAUUCGACCGCCUGAUCCCUCACCUCGAGCACUUGGACAUAUUUGGCACGAAGAUAACAAGAAGGUGCUCGGAGCCCCCCGUUAUGUUGAGGUAUUUCCGGUUUCAACAAAGUUCUGUGCCAUUUCCUUUGUCGACAAAGUUUCAACAUCAGGCGGUUUUGGACGUUAACUUUCGCAUGUGGUCUGCACAGAUCUCGAUAGCAUUGAGGUGAAAUCCUGCCUUCACUUGUAUAUUCCUUCCAGUAAUCCUUCUGUAAUAGCCACCAGUUUGUAUCACUGUAUAUUCUCUACAAGGCUAGAUAUCUUACGAGUGUCAGAAAUGUCAAGGUUGAAGAUAUCCCCUUGAUAUCUGUAUCCCAGUUUCACUUGGCUGGAUGAUUCUCAAUACUGAGAUUAAAGCUUGUAGGUAUAACCACAACAUCGGUGAUGGAUUGAGAGGCUCAAUUCCCGUCACAUUUAAUGAACACGGACGCAUCUUUCCUC